CUAUGUGGCGCAUGAGUAUGCGUUUCGGGAUGUAACGGCGGUCUCGCGGAGUACCGACGCUGAAUUCAAAUAUAUAUAUUAUAUAUAUAAACACGGGGGGACCCGGAAGAAAACUGAAGGAGAGCGUGCACUAAUCUGAGGGAGUUUACGACAGCACGGCUUGGAGGGAGACACGGUAGCGUGGCAGGAGGGGGAGAACUAGAAAAUCCAACCGACACCGCACGCAGAAAUGGCGGAGCACCACGCAGCCGGCGACGGCAAGCACAAAGCAGCCACCAAUGCCGGGGGCUCGGCGCACGGGAACAGCCGACCCGGCGUCGCGGGUGGCGGAGGGGGCAAAGUAGGCCUGUCUGGUGGACUGACACAGCCGGCCGGGUGGCAGUCUCUCCUCUCCAUCAGCAUUCUGGUCCUGGCCUGUCUCGCCGGAUUCAGCGCCAGACUUUUCGCGGUGAUCCGGUUCGAGAGCAUCAUCCACGAGUUUGAUCCAUGGUUUAAUUACAGAGCGACACACCAUCUCACCACAAAUGGCUUCUAUGAGUUCCUCAACUGGUUUGAUGAGAGGGCCUGGUACCCCUUGGGCAGAAUCGUUGGCGGCACGGUAUACCCGGGGUUAAUGGUGACUGCCGGCCUCAUCCACUACAUGCUCAACCUGCUCCACCUCACGGUCCACAUCCGCGACGUGUGCGUCUUUCUGGCGCCGGUGUUCAGCGGUCUGACGGCCAUCUCCACCUACCUGCUGACGCGGGAGCUGUGGAACCAGGGUGCAGGUCUGCUGGCGGCCUGCUUCAUCGCCAUCGUCCCGGGCUACAUCUCCCGCUCCGUCGCGGGCUCCUUUGACAACGAGGGCAUCGCCAUCUUCGCGCUGCAAUUCACCUACUACCUCUGGGUGAAGUCGGUGAAGACGGGCUCCGUGUUCUGGGCCAUUGGCUGUUGCCUCUCCUAUUUCUACAUGGUGUCAGCAUGGGGAGGCUAUGUGUUCAUCAUCAACCUGAUUCCUCUGCAUGUGUUUGUGCUGAUGCUGAUGCAACGCUACAGCAAAAGACUCUACAUCGCUUACAGCACUUUCUACAUCGUGGGUCUCAUCCUGUCGAUGCAGAUCCCCUUUGUUGGCUUCCAGCCAAUCAGAACCAGCGAGCACAUGGCUGCUGCCGGUGUGUUUGCACUGCUCCAAGCCUACGCCUUCCUGCAGUACCUGAAGGACAGGCUGACCAGACAGGAGUUCCAGACGCUCUUCCUCCUCGGAGUCUCUCUCGCCGCCGGCGUGGUCUUCCUCACCGUCAUCUAUCUCACUUACACAGGACACAUCGCUCCGUGGAGUGGUCGUUUCUACUCUCUCUGGGACACCGGCUAUGCAAAGAUCCACAUCCCCAUCAUAGCGUCGGUGUCGGAACACCAGCCGACGACGUGGGUCUCCUUCUUCUUCGACCUCCACAUCCUGGUCUGCACGUUCCCAGCAGGCCUCUGGUUCUGCAUCAGGAACAUCAACGAUGAACGAGUGUUCGUGGCCCUGUAUGCCAUCAGCGCAGUCUAUUUUGCCGGCGUGAUGGUGCGUCUGAUGCUGACUCUGACUCCGGUGGUGUGCAUGCUGUCUGCGGUGGCUUUCUCCAGCGUCUUUGAGCAUUACAUGGGGGACGACACAAAGAGGGAGAAACCGCCGGCUGAAGACAGCAGCGACGAGGACGACAAGAGGACUUCUGGGACUCUUUAUGACAAGGCCGGCAAGGUGCGCAAACAUGUGUCUGAGCAGGAGAAGGUGGAGGAGGGCCUGGGUCCCAACAUCAAGUCCAUCGUCACCAUGCUCAUGCUGAUGCUGCUGAUGAUGUUCGCCGUGCACUGCACCUGGGUCACCAGUAACGCCUACUCCAGUCCCAGUGUGGUGCUGGCCUCGUACAACAAUGAUGGGACGCGCAACAUCCUGGAUGACUUCAGGGAGGCCUACUACUGGCUGAGGCAGAAUACAGACGAGGACGCCCGCAUCAUGUCGUGGUGGGACUACGGGUACCAGAUAGCCGGCAUGGCCAACAGGACCACGCUGGUGGAUAAUAACACGUGGAACAACAGUCAUAUAGCUCUGGUGGGGAAAGCCAUGUCUUCCAACGAGAGCGCCGCCUACACCAUCAUGAGGUCUCUGGAUGUGGACUACGUGCUGAUUAUCUUCGGAGGAGUAAUCGGCUACUCGGGAGACGACAUAAACAAGUUCCUGUGGAUGGUGAGGAUCGCCGAGGGAGAGCACCCAAAGGACAUCAGGGAGAGCGACUACUUCACCCCUCAGGGAGAGUUCAGAGUGGAUAAGGCCGGUUCACCGACUCUGCUCAACUGCCUCAUGUACAAGAUGUCCUACUACCGAUUUGGUGAAAUGCAGCUGGACUUCCGGACGCCUCCCGGCUUUGACCGAACUCGCAACGCCGAGAUCGGCAACAAGGACAUCAAGUUCAAGCACCUGGACGAGGCGUUCACCUCCGAGCACUGGCUGGUGAGGAUCUACAAGGUCAAGAACCUGGACAACAGGGAGCCGCUGGACCACAAGCUGCGCAGCAUCGUCCCCAAGCAGAAGUACACCUCCAAAAAGACCGCCAAGAGGAAGCGAGGACACAUCAAGAACAAGCUCGUCCUGAGGAAAGGAAAGAAACUACAGAAAAAAUAACGGCGGCGAUGGACUCUUCUAGUGAAACAAACACCUGCGAAGAACCUCGAACAACCAAUGAAGACGAACACCGGGGCCGUUUAUCUGGCACUUGGUCUCACGCGCUUCUCAUUAGAGCGCCCCCGUGUGGUGAGGAAGUGUCAUAUCUGGCUCGCUCCAGAACCGUUUUAUCCUGAGGACCUUUGUCUUGCUUAAUUUCUUUCAUUUUCUUUCUUCCUGUUUUCUAGGUUUUUUUUAUUUUUUACUUUCUACUUGAAUGUGUGGCGAGGCGUAGGGCUGCUCUGCUUGGUUCAUUGUCGAUUAAUAUUUGUGGUAUGUUUAAUGAAAUGCUUAUCAGUGU